CUGACCAUCUUCUCUUCUUUUUUUGUUUUCUUCUUCUUCUUGUUUAUUUUAUUUCAUACAACAGUUAUUUUAUUUGGUUGUGUUCAUAAGGGAACUAAUGCGGUAAAAAAAAAAUGAAAAAUCUGUCUUUCUGAUAUGACAAGAAUUGCAGAUUGCUUCUUUUCCUAUGUAUUCUGGAAACUACAUUCAGAUAUUGAAGAGGGUGUAAAUCAUCUUUACCAGAUGAUCCUCUCUAUUUUGGUUACUAGAAUGUAGAAGAUAAUCCUAUAUAAGUAGAUUCUUUCUUAAAGAAUCACAAAACCCUGUUUGGGGAGUAUCAUUGGACAUACAUAAACCAGAAUCAUGGUUUGAAAUUUGGGUGUUGCUUGCUUCUUGGACAUUCAAAGAAACUGCUUUGAAGAAAGGGGGAUGGGGGAUGCAAUGGUUGAUCGAUACUGGUGUCACAUGUGCUCUAGGAUGGUGACCCCAGUCAUGGAAGCUGAGAUUAAAUGCCCAUUCUGUGACAAUGGGUUUGUGGAAGAAAUGGACAGCACAAGAGAACUCAAUAACGAUGGUAUCGAUUUUGGAUCAGAACGUGCAUUCUCUCUGUGGGCUCCAAUCUUGUUUGGUUUGAUGGGUGGUUUAGGUCCUUCUCGUGCACGAGCUCAAGAAGAGAAUAGCAGAAGCAGCAGCAGCAAUGCACAGGAAGAAAAUGGUGAACUUGAGAGAGAGCUUCGAUCCUUGUUUAGGAGGCCGAGAAGGAGAAGCCAGGCUUCAAUCCUUGGUAUGCUUCAAGAUCUUCGUUCGGGUUCAGAGAAUUCUGAAAAUAAUGGAGAGAGUACUACUAAUAGUAGUAAUAACAAUAGUAACAGUAUGAUUUUGGUUAAUCCUUUCAAUGAAGAGGCCUUAGUUCUUCAAGGUUCUUUUGAUGUAAACCAAUCAGAAAACCCAAUUCGAAAUAUGGCAAGUUCUUUAGGGGACUAUCUUAUAGGACCUGGUUUGGAUUUAUUGCUGCAGCAUUUAUCGGAGAAUGAUCCUAACCACUAUGGGACCCCUCCUGCACAGAAGGAAGCAGUUCAAGCAAUGCCAACUGUUGCUGUUGAGCAGAGCUUGCAGUGCUCAGUAUGCCUAGAGGAGUUUGAACUUGGGGAUGAAGCGAAAGAGAUGCCAUGUAAACAUAAAUUCCAUAGUGGGUGUAUUCUUCCUUGGCUGGAGAUUCAUGGUUCUUGCCCAGUUUGCAGGUUCCAAAUGCCCUGUGAUGAUUCCAAGAUUCAGGCAAAUGGCUCGAGAAGCAAUGAUGCUACAACAGGCACGGGAGACGGAGUUGGAGGGGAGCAAAUAGGCAAUGGGAGAAGGUAUUGGAUCCCUGUCCCAUGGCCUUUCGAAGGAUUGUUUUCUUUUUCAACAUCCCAAAAUGGUGGAAGUUCUACUUCACCACCUUCCACAGCAACCAGGCCAGGAAAUCCUUCUUAUACAGAUGAAACUUGAAGAUACUUGUAUUGUAUGUAUAAACAUACUUGCUGCUUUUAGAUAUUUCUUCUUUUUUUUUGUUUGUUCAGUUCUUCAUUAAGGAAUUUGCCUACUAUGUAUAAACAUAUAUCCCCUUUGAAGAAUUUGGUGUUGUUGAAAGAAUUAAUGCAAUUUUGCUGGAUUUCUUUA